AUGGUUAUUUACGUUGCUUCUAACCUGUCCGCAUUUGCCAGGUUGACAUUGCCAAUAGUUGGAAUUAUCCUCGGCACGUUUUUGCUGCCACUGCUCGUCGAUGGCCCAGCCGAUCAAGAUUUCGUGGCGAGUGAAGUGCAGGGCUGCAUUUCGAAGUGGUGGACUGUGUUCGUGCACUCCAACAACUUCAACUCGAUGAAUGACAUGUGUCUGCAACAUCUGUGGUACGUGAGCGCCGACAUGCAGCUUUUCGUCUUUGUGGCACUUCCACUUACCCUUAUAUUUAUCAGGCACCCUAAGAUUGGCAUGGUUUUGUCUGCUGUGGUAGCCACUGCUUUCACUGUGAUGACCAUUCUUCAGGUUUACUACUGGGACGUUGCAUACUCCAUGAGCGUUGCGACAAACGACCAAAGAAAAACAUACCUUUCCCUAGAAUUAAUCUAUUACAAGCCUUUUACGCACGUCGGUUCGUAUGUAUUGGGCCUCGUGACGGGAUACCUUGCUCUGGAAUACAGAACCAAGCCUAUCCACAAGGCUAUCCAGACGGCGCAGUGGUUGUUGUCCAUAGGGCUUGCGUGCUUCGUGAUGUUUGUGACUGUAUACUGGAACCAAGGCAAUGCACCAAACGACGUAGUAAACGCCUUGUACGGCGGCUGCCAUCGGCUCUUGUGGGCGCUCGCGCUUGCUUGGCCGUCGUUCGCCUGCGCCACAGGUAGAGGAGGCAUCUUGAACGGUUUCCUCUCGUGGAAAGCCCUGAGGCCUCUGUCGCGACUCACUUACUGCAUAUAUCUUGUGCACUUGUGGUUCUUCCUAAUUCGCAUGGGAAACAUGAGAACAAACUUCGACCUUGGCGAAUAUAUGCAGCUAAUGAUGUCACUGGGAAUAUUCUGCUACAGCGCAUUUUUCGGCUACGUGCUGCAUUUGUGUUGCGAAGCACCAGCCUACCACCUGCAGCGGAUUUUGUUCGAUACGUCCACUAGCUCAAAACCAUCGCAAAGAAAGAGCGACGACCUCUCUACUACGGAAGUCGACAUCGAGAAAGCCGGCUCCGAGAGCAACCACAAUGGCCAGUACGAAAAGAAGAGCGCCAUUGAUAACGCAGGAUUUGUGGCAGACGCUGAGAAGUCACAUUUGUAAUUCUUGCCUGUGUAGGCUCUCAUGGUAUAUGCGGCAUUUUGCGUGUAAGCGUAAGCCUUCCUAUAAGUGUAUGAUUGUUGCAAGUGGCGCCUGCAGUGUGCUGUAACUUCGGGGAACUAGCUAUGACUGUUGAGGUCGGGAUGGUGAUUAUACUGCGUCAAGUUGCCGAAUGUUGACAAGCAUAAGAGGGCAAUCAUUGGUUUUGUAUCUUUCAGCACAUACUUUUGGCGAUCGUUAGAUAAGCACAGGACCGGGUUGAUUGGCGGAACAUGGGAGAGGCCUUUGCCCUGCAGUGGGCGUAGACAGGCUGAUGAUGAUGAUGAUGGUGAUGAGAUAAGUACGGUAUGUGUAGUGAGUCGUUGGCUGUACCGUGACUAGGUAUGCGAAUUUGUUUCAUUGCUGUUCAUAGGGUCACUGGGACAAGUGAGUUUUUUGGGAAGUACUUUCUAAGGAAACGAUGAAUAGAGAAUACCAAGCACUAGUUGGUAGGUGUUGCUGCAGUAAAAGUCACAGACAACCAAUGGACAAAAGGUAUUAGUAACUACAUCAUUUUAGCAUCUUGUAUCAUGCGCAACAUCUUACAUCAUCUUACGUUUGCAUCACAUCAUCAUACAUAAUCUUAAAUCGGCGGCCACGUGUUCUCGCUUUGGUCUCAUCGUUUAGCGCGCCUCUAAAAGUUUCAAAGCACCAAGGAUCUCAGGUUUUUUUAACCAUUUGGCAUGUUAAAUUGUGUUUAGCAAUGAGAUUAUUACUUUAAUUGUAAACGCGAACACAUUUUGCAAGAAUGGUGACCGCCAAGGUCGCUGCUGUCAGAAUGCCUUUCCUCAAGUGCUUCGUUUCUUUGUAAACAGCUCACACACAAACAAAAAAUUGUUCCAUAGAAACUGGAUUCAAAUAUUUCUAAAUAAUUCAGUCAUAAGUAGAGAAGGAGUUUUUGUGGGCACAAAAAGCCCACUAUAAGAAUUGAGUGUGUCCUCUCUCUAGAGGGUCUUGCAGGAAGGACUAAUGGAUGACAUUUAAGCUUAAAUGCACCGUUCUGUUUAGUGCCGUUUUUUUCAUAAGACGCCGACAUAUCCUGAAAGCACUUGACACGGAUAUCUCAACCGCCUACAUUUCACCUAUAAUCACUGAUAGGAUCGAUUUCUUCUUCCGUCUUUAUUUUUCUUGUCUGCCAAAAUAGUUAACGAAUGAACAACAAGAAGAAGCUAGAAAUGCUAGACUAAUUGAGUCUACGAUUUCAAGUGGAAUUUGAAGCUGUUAUGCUAAGCGUCAUAUGUAAUGUAAGGAGCCAUAAUUGACAAAUCAGUUAUCUCAAGAAUAAGAGUCAUACGUUGGGUUUCUGUUGAGAUUCGCGUAAGUGUAAAAACAGACGUCGGUUAAGGGGGACAAACGCGACUUUUGUUCUUUUCAAAUUGUGUUUGUUUUUGCCCAAGCAGACGCGCAUCUCUCUACAAGAGGGGUGGCGUUGGUGCUUCAGCAGAAUUUCGGUUUGGGCGAGCUGGUACAUGGUCAAACUUUCGGGGAGGGGGAAAGAGGGGGCAGCGCUAAAAAAAAAAAAAACACAUGGAAGGAGACACAUAGGAGACAUUGCUGCAAGCGCCCGUCGUGUGUACUAUGUGUCUCUGUCCGUGUGUUUUUUAGCGUUGCACACGGAAAGUUUGGGGCUUCAGCUUCCGACAGAACUUCAUGUUCUUAGUUCCAACAAACCAUUAGGAGACACUUACGUGAUUUUCCUUCGCGUACCACUCGCAAAAAAGACGAAAUUAGUAACUUGAAUGAGAUUCUGCAGUUUUUAAGAACUUUGUCUUACAGACAGUGCAAAAAUUUUGCAUUUUAUACUUUUGGCUGCAUCGGCUUCUUCAUUUUCAUAACGUUGACAAAGAAAUGUGUGGUCUAGUCAUGAGGCAUAUGUCUCUCUUAGCCUUUCCUUCUUUUGUAUUCUACACUGAAUGUCUCCGUAAUAAAUGUAUUUUCAGUUA